AUGGCCACACAAUUCUUGACCCGUCCGCAAAGGCAACCGCCUCCACUUGACCCUGAAGAGGGUGAUAGGGCGGCGCUCCGUAUGGUCAACAAUCUUGCUCAUACGCGGAAGAUACCUAUCAUUUAUGACGCUGAGCAACGUGGGCACCCCCAUAAGCCAUUGUGGAUCGUCACGCCAAUCAUCAUGGGGGAAAAGCAUUAUGUGUUUCAGAGGUGCGAGAAGACGAGGAAGGAUGCCGAAAAUACGUGUGCUCUGGCUAUCUGGAGUUCUGGGCAUCUUUGA